AUGGACACUGAGACCACGACGUGGCUUAAAAGUGAGCUUGUAAGUGCCUUGGGCUUUGCGGAGGUGGAUGAGAUUGUGGCCUAUAUCACAAGUACUUUUAACUCAAAGCAGGAGGCAUGUAGCUACCUCAUUGAGCUGCUUGGCAUCCCCGUGACGCGAGCAGAGCACAUCAGCACCCGGCUGUUUUUACCUGAGACAUCACUUGCUAAUCCAAAUGCUCAAGGAACAGUAACAAUAGCAACAAAGGGACAAGAGAGACUGGUCCGUCGACCAACUGCGGAGCAUGCGAGCCUUCAAUCCAGUAAGAAGAACAAGAAGAAGGCCGUGACGACGCUACUGAACAAUGCGCUCGUGAUUAACUGCUUGCGAUGCGGCAGGAUCGAGUACAAUGGCGAGCGACGCUGUGUCUUCUGCGAUACUGAGCUACGUUAUGAGGCGGAUGCGGGUACGGCAGACCACGCCGCGCAGCAGCAUAUGGAGGAGCUCGUACGGCUCGAUGAGACGGGGACAGAGCGUACUCGCGUACUGGAUGCUGAACAGUAUUUCUACGACGAGGAACAGGUCGACAAACAAGACACUAGCAGUAGACGCCCUAUUACCAUGGCACUAGAUCUGGACAACCAACAGUUCAUUGACGUGAAGAUUGCGCGCAAUGAACAGCUCCCCAAGAACGCGCGCGAGCUUGUUGAUGGCGUUCAGCGGAAGAUGAGCAAGGGCAAGCGUGGCAAAGGCAGUAUCCAUCAGACAACGGAAGCCGCCUCUUUGUCUGUGUCAAGCGAUGGCAUCCGCGAAGCAGUCGUGGUAGUAGACGACUCCGUCACGACUCCCCGCGCUCAAGCGACUGCGGUCGACAAUCCCAGCCAAGGUUUCCAUAUGUCGACAACGGUCAGCGCCAAGGGACUGAGUCCAUUGCAAUGCCGCGUGACGGCGUCCGUCAACUCAGGGGACAUGGCACCUGCCAACCCUCUUUGGGACUUUUACGCCAGUGGACUCGUGGACGAGAACGACGAUGGCUCUGGUGGUGAAGACACAGAGGAUGAGCUGGAAACUCAAGACUGGAUCUUAUUCCAGCGCCAACGCGCACAGGCGCGUCUCGCCAACGCAUGUCAACGUGAGGCUCGUGUCGUACACGCCACCAAGGACUGA